AUGGAUUCAUCACAACAAUUACAAGAAUCCCAACAACUACAACAACAAUAUACUAGGGUUGGUAUUGAUGUUAUUGGUCCAAUGAAAGAUUUAAUAAUAUCAGUAAUGAAUAGUUUAGAUACAACAUUUAAGAUUAUAAAUGAAACCUAUCGUAUAGUAUAUUUUGAUACAGAUGAAACCAAGUUAACCUCAUCAAAUUUAGAUAGUGAUGAUGAGGAGUUUGAAAGUGAUGAUGAUGCUGACGAGGAAGCAGAUCUUCAAAUACAAGCAUCUUGUAAUCUUUAUACAUUUGAUGGUAAAAAUCGACAAUCAGUCGACGAAAUAAAGAGAAUAGUACAACAUUUAAAUGAAACACAAUCACAACAGAACGACAAUCAAGCAGUACCGGUUAUACCAACAUUUUUCGUUGUAGUUAAUAUUGGUGUUGGCCCAUCAUUUGUUUCAGAGAUUAAAUCCGCUGCAGGUACAACUCAAUUCAUUGAAUGGAUUGUAAACGAUCAAGCCUCAAAGGAAGUUUUCAAAGUUUCAACAAAUUUAUUAUCUCAUCAUAAAAAACAAAUUGAAUUAACUCAUGCUUGUACAGUUGGUGAUGUAAAUUAUUUAGAUCAAAUUAUUUUAUCUGGUGUUUCAACAGAUCAAUUAAAAGAAGCACAUAAAGCAGGACAUGCAAUUGUAUUUGAUUCAUUAUUAACACAUAAUAGUAAUUCAUUAGUUGUUACAGGUACAAUGGCAUUAUUAGGAGCGAUUGUAGAGAAUGGAGAUAGAAAAGGUAAACGUUUAUCAUUAUCAAGAUCGAAUUUAUCUAGAUUCCCAAUGUCGAUAACACAAAUGUGUACUCAUUUGGUUGAGUUAGAUUUAAGUGAUAAUAAAAUCACCGAAUUACCAAAGGAUAUCCAAUUGUUAAAGUCUUUGAGAAUUUUAAUUUUACGUGGUAAUCUAUUGGAAGAUAUACCAUUGGAGAUUUGUUAUUUAGGAGAUUUAAAGAUUUUAGAGUUACAAGAAAAUCCAUUGAAUAAUUUCCCAUUGAGUGUUGUUCAAAGUGGUACAAAGAAUCUUUUAUUAUUUUGUAAGAAUAUAUUGGAGCGUAAAAAGAGUGAAACUUGGAAUAAGGUCAAGUUGAUGUUUGUUGGUCAAGAGGGUGUUGGUAAAACAAGUCUUUGUCAAGCAUUGAAAGGGUCAAAGAAAAAGAAAGCAGAACUUCAGGUCACUGGUGAUACCGUUUCAACAGAGGGUGUAAAGAUUCAAAAUAUAAAGAAUAAAAAAGUGGAAUUUCAUGCAUGGGAUUUCGGUGGUCAACAAGUGUUUUAUCCAACUCAUCAAUUCUUUUUGACAACUCAUGCCUUGUAUUUGGUAGUAUUUAAAUUGACCGAUCCGAACUUUGCAGAGAGAGUAAACUAUUGGGUACGUCAAGUUAAAUCCAAUUCAAGUGGUGCUGUUCCAGCCAUCUUUUUGGUUGGUACUCAUAGUGAUGUUUGUACUCCUGAACAACUACAAGAGGCAGAAUCAAUUCUAAAGGCAAACUUUGUAAAAUAUUCACGUGUUAAAGAGAACACUAUCAAUUUCGUUUGUUGUGCAACUGGUAAAGGUAUUAAAGAGUUGAAGAAGAGAUUAAUUCAUGAGGCCGAAAAAUCUCAUCUCAUUAAAAAAGAUAUUCCAGGUAACUAUAUGGUUUUAGAGGCACGUUUAACCAAUAGAGGCGCUAAUCCCGGUAGAAUGGCCGUUUCAGGUUCACCAAUCGGUGGUGGAAGUAGUGCUCAACUCUCUUCAAAUGCUAUCAAUUCUCAAAAGGAAAGAUAUAUCGAUUAUGAUGACUAUAUGAACGAAUGUAAACUCUCUCAUCUACAACCAGAAGAAAUUAAAGGUGCCACUGAUUUCCUUCACAAUUUAGGUAUCAUCUUACAUUUUGAUACUCCAACUCUAAAGAAUUUAGUGGUUUUAGAUCCUCAAUGGUUGGCUGAUGUUAUGUCCUCUUUAAUCACUUUCUCGCACAAUUGGAUCAAACGUGGUAUUCUUAAUCACUCAGAGUUGGUCGCUGUUUGGGGUGGUAAAUAUGAUCAAUCACUUUGGCCAUUACUUUUAAAACUAUUGGAGAAGUUUGAAGUCUCCUACGAAUUACCAAACAUUGCAAAAUCUUUAAUUCCAUCAUUGUUACCAGAGGAUGCAGAGGGUGAAAUUUCAACAAUUAAAGAUCGUGAAUGGGUAACAUUACCACAAGCAAUUGAAAGUGGUCGUUGUCAAGUAUUUGGUUGUGAUUAUAAUUUCGAUUUUAUGCCAUUAGGUUUUUUUGCACGUCUUUUAUUAAGAAUUUUAUUAAUUUCAGGUGUUGAAGUUAGAACUUAUUGGAGAAAUGGUGUAUUAUUAGAUAUUUUAACACCUGAACAAGUAAAAUUACAACAAUCUAAACAGCAACAAUUACAACAACAACAACAACAACAAAAUAAUAACGAAUCAAAUGAUUCAUCUGUAAAUAAUAACAACAACAACAACAACAACAACAACAAUAAUAAUAUAAUAAAUUCAUCAUCAUCAUCAUCAUUAAAUUUAACACAAACAUCAACAUCAACAUCACCAUCAAAAUUAAGUUUAAAUAAUUCACAAAUUAAUAAUUCAAAUUCAACGUUAAAUUCUCAACAAUUAAUAAAUCCUUCAGUAUCACCAUUAUCAUCAACAACACCAAGACAUCAAGCAUUAAUUACAUUUAUUAAAAAGAAAUCAUUUGAAUCCAAAGAUAAAGAUUCAUAUAAAUUGAAUAUUGAAGUUAGAUCAUUUAAUACAACCAUUGAAAAGGAUCAUUCAGCAUCAUUAUUCUUUCAACAAAUUCUCUUUACCAUUGAUACAUUAUUGGCAAGUUCAUAUGUUGGUUUAGAGAUCACUCGUAUGAUUCCAUGUAUUCAUUGUGUUCAAAAGAAUCCACGUGCCGAUCCAUAUUACUUUGAUUUCAGUAGUUGUAUUUCUGCACUUCAAGAUGGUAAACCACAUCUCUUCUGUAGAAAUGAUCCAUCAAUUCCAGUGCGUAUCGAUUAUAUCGCACCAGAUCUUUGCUUAAAGAAAGUACCAACCUUGGCAGACAAUGAAAUCGAAUAUGAAAAACAAAUUGGUAAAGGUGGUUUUGGUUUAGUUCAUAAGGGUAGAUUGGUCAAGGAUAAAUCAGUUGUAGCAAUUAAAUCUUUGAUUUUAGGUGAUAGCGAGGGUGAAACUGAAAUGAUUGAAAAAUUCCAAGAGUUUCAACGUGAAGUCUUUAUUAUGUCCAAUCUUAAUCAUCCAAAUAUCGUUAAACUCUAUGGUUUAAUGCAUAAUCCACCACGUAUGGUUAUGGAGUUUGUACCAUGUGGUGAUCUUUAUCAUCGUCUUUUGGAUAAAGCUCAUCCAAUUAAAUGGUCUGUCAAAUUACGUUUAAUGUUAGAUAUUGCUUUGGGUAUAGAAUAUAUGCAAAAUCAAAAUCCACCAAUCGUUCAUCGUGAUCUUCGUUCUCCAAAUAUCUUUUUACAAUCUUUGGACGAGAAUGCUCCAGUUUGUGCAAAAGUAGCCGAUUUUGGUCUCUCUCAACAAUCAGUUCACUCAGUUAGUGGUUUAUUAGGUAAUUUCCAAUGGAUGGCUCCUGAAACUAUUGGUGCCGAAGAAGAAUCUUAUACUGAAAAGGCUGAUACCUACAGUUUUGCUAUGAUUCUCUAUACAAUUCUAACUGGUGAAGGUCCAUUCGAUGAAUAUUCCUAUGGUAAAAUUAAAUUCAUCAAUAUGAUUAGAGAAGAAGGUCUUCGUCCAACAAUUCCAGAGGAUUGUCCGCCACGUCUUCGUAAUGUUAUUGAACUUUGUUGGUCCGGUGAUCCAAAGAAGAGACCACACUUUAGUUAUAUCGUUAAAGAAUUAUCCGAAUUACGUAAUGGUAAUACCACAUCAACUACUACCAAUACCUCUUCAACUACCAACAAUUUAAAUAGUGCCAACGUUUCAAUUGCUUCCACCUCUUCAAAUGCUGAUGAUGGUAGUCAAACCAAUAACAAUAACAACAACAACAACAACAACAACAACAAUAACAACAAUAACAGUGGUAGUAGUAUUGCUUUAUCACCAUCUAGAUCAUUUGAACAACAAACAACCACUACAACUACAACAACCACUUCACCAUCUUCACCAUCUACAUCAUUCAUAAACUCAAGUGGUAGUUAUAAUACAGAAAGUUAUUCAGUGGCAAGUAGUAGUACCACCAAUCUAUUGAAUACUCUUAAUAAUGCAAAUCAACCAGUUAACUUUAUUGGAACUGCUAGUGUUCACAAAAAGAUGGAAGUUUUAGCGGGUGUUGAAGCAGGUGAAACCGUUUGGACCAAAUCAGCCGAUUCAAGUCUUUGUUUCUGGAGUACAAAGAAAGGUCAUCUCAUCAAUGAAUUGAAAUGUCCACAUACAGUCGCAACUACAAUGAUGAUCAAAGUUGGUAAAUACAUUUGGGAAGCAACCAAUAGUAAUGGAAUUUACAUUUGGGAUAUGGGUACAAUGACAAUCGUUCAACAACUUACAACUCCUCAUAAGGGCGAUGUUUGUCUUCACUUUGUAGAGUAUGGUGAUAACAAUGGUGUUUGGAGUGGUGGUUCAGAAGGUACCGUUUGUCUUUGGGAUAUGCAAACAUUUGAAAAGAAACAUUCAUUCAGUUUAGAGUCUGCCAUCACUGCAAUGUCCUACUUUGGAAAUAAUACUUUGUACAUUGCUUCAGGUUCUCAUAUCGUUGUAUUUAAAACUAAAACACUCUUAAUGAAUGUCAAUCAAAAUUGGAAACAUAGUACUGGCUCCAUCACUAGUAUCUUGGCAAUGAAAGAUGAAGUUUGGAGUGGUGGUUCCGAUGGUAGAAUCUAUAUUUGGAAGGUAAAGAAUGAAUUCGAGUUACAAAAGGUUCAAAGUUUAGAAGCACAUCAUGAAAAGAUUACCUCUCUUAUCCAUUUAGAGGAUAAUGUCUUAUCGGGUUCAACCGAUAAAUGUAUUUCUUUGUUCAAAAUAUCAGAUCCAAAGAAACCAUUUACAACUCAAGAACAUCAUAAACAAGGUGUUACCUCUAUCGUUAAAGUUCAAUCUCAUAUCGUUUGGGCUAUCACAAGUGAUACUACAACUCCAUUAGUACUUUGGAAUAUACCUCAAAAAUGGGAAAAGAAAACUGCAAAUGGUAUUUUACCGAGAUUAAAAUUUUUCCGUUAA